AUGAUGUCUUCUUACAUUCUUAUUUCAUCUGUUCUUGUUUUUUCUUUCUUCUUACAAGUGCAACCGUCCUUUGCCAUUGGAAAGUCCUAUGUUGUUUACUUAGGAGCACAUUCCCAUGGCCUAAAUCCUUCUUCUGCUGAUUUAAACUAUGCAACGAAAUCACAUUACAGUUUAUUGAGCUCUAUCCUAGGGAGCAAUGAGAAAGCUAAAGAUGCAAUAUUCUAUUCGUAUAAUAGACACAUCAAUGGUUUCGCAGCAAUGUUGGAAGAUGAUGAAGCAGAAGAGCUUGCGAGAAAUCCAAAUGUAGUGUCUGUAUCCUUGAACAAAAUGCAUGAACUGCAUACAACAAGGUCGUGGGAGUUUCUUGGACUAGAAGGUAAUGGAAUAGCUCCUAAGGACUCAAGUUGGGAGUUGGCAAGAUAUGGUGAGGGCACAAUCAUUGGUAACCUUGAUACAGGUGUAUGGCCGGAAUCUGAGAGCUUUAGUGAUCAAGGAAUGGGCCCUGUUCCGUCUAAGUGGCGUGGAAACGGGAUAUGUGAAAUCGACAACUUUAUCAACUCAAAUAAAAGUUAUUGCAACAGGAAGCUUGUUGGAGCUAGAAUAUUCUACAGAGGUUAUGAGGCGCAGGCGCAUGCAGGCAUACGAAACACAUCACUUUACACUGCACGAGACACUGUGGGCCAUGGUUCUCAUACUCUAUCAACAGCUGGAGGAAAUUUUGUUCAAGGAGUAAGUGUUUUCGGCAAUGGUAAUGGCACUGCCAAAGGUGGAUCUCCGAAAUCUCGUGUUGCAGCCUAUAAAGUGUGUUGGCCAGGAGAAGGCGUGCAUUCUGGUGGCUGCUAUGACGCAGAUAUCUUAGCCGGUUUCGAAGCUGCCAUAAGUGAUGGUGUUGAUGUGAUUUCAGUUUCUCUCGGUGCAAAGUCUCGUAAUCUGUUUGCAGAUUCAGUUGCUAUAGGCUCUUUUCAUGCAGUUGCCAAUGGUAUAGUAGUAGUUUCUUCUGCUGGAAACUCUGGACCUUAUUUCGGAACUGUUUCUAAUACCGCACCUUGGUUAUUCACCGUUGCUGCUAGCACAAUGGAUCGAGACUUCACCAGUUAUAUUAAGCUAGGUGACAGCAAGUCCCUUAAGGGAACAAGUCUUUCGCCUAAGGACUUGCCAACAGAAAAGUUGUAUCCUUUGAUUAGUGCAGAAGAUGCAAAACAUUCCUAUGCUCUAACUAGAGCUGCGAAACACUGCCGUUUCGGAACACUUGAUGUUAAAAAAGUGAAGGGUAAAAUUGUGAUAUGCCUUGAAGAUGAAUAUGUUGGAACAUUUUAUCCAGGCGCAGAAGCUUUUUCUGCAGGAGCAGUAGGAAUGAUUUUGGCUAGUGAAAUUGAUAGCUUCUAUGAUUCUAUUGCAUACCCUCAUAUUUUACCUACUUCAUAUGUCAAUUAUACAGAUUCUCAAUAUAUUGAUUCCUACAUCAGAAGUGAUAAGAACCCUGUUGCUUACAUAACAAAAGCAGUAACAGAAACUCCGAUAAUUCCAGCUCCGGUGAUUGCUUCAUUCUCAUCAAGAGGACCUAGCACCAUUCUUCCAUCAAUCCUAAAACCUGACAUCACUGCACCUGGUGUGAACAUAAUUGCGGCUUACUCAGAUGCCGCGAGUAAAAAUGAAGAUAAAAUAAUGACUUCAUACAAAUCCUUGUCUGGAACUUCUAUGUCAUGCCCUCAUGUGUCCGGCGUCGUAGGCCUUCUCAAAACACUUCAUCCUGAAUGGAGUCCAGCAGCUAUCAAAUCCGCAAUCAUGACCACUGCAAGUGGAAUGGAUAACAGCCAAAGACCUAUCCAGGAUCGAUUCGAAGAAAACGCAACUCCAUUUGCAUACGGUUCAGGUCACAUCCAACCUGAUCUUGCUCUAGACCCGGGACUAAUUUACGAUCUUGAAGUGGUUGAUUACAUGAACCUAUUAUGUUCAGAUGCUCAAUGGCAUAAACAAGUUGAGGCUAUUUAUAACAGGCCUUUCAUUUGUCCAAAGCUCUACAAUGUGAUGAAUUUCAACUACCCUACAAUCACAAUACUUGAUCUUGGAAACAAAGCCGUAGUUGCUAGUCGAACCGUUACGAAUGUUGGACCUCCAAGUAAAUAUGAACUGCAAGUAAAGGCACCUGAUGGAGUUUCGGUUUAUGUUGUGCCAAGUUUCUUGAGCUUCAAGCAAGUUGGUGAAAAAAGAUCAUUCAACGUUGUUGUAAGGAAAAUUACAGAAAAGGGUAAUGCUACAAUGGAAUAUGUAUUUGGGGAGUUAUUGUGGACAAAUGGGAAACAUAGAGUGAGGAGUUCUAUUGUAGUGAAGCUCAAGUAG